AGACUUACUAAUCACUAAGUAUGUUACAAUGUCGUCGGAAGUUGAAACUAUACAUUGAGGCUCAGAGAAUAGAUAUGAGACCCAAAAUAUCGCGGUGUUAGAUGGGAGCUUCAGUUACAGGUUCAUGUCAUGGCCCCAACACUUGUGGCACUCGGCGCCCUCAUCAUAUCGUUCGUGUCUUUUGUGGUAGUGCGAUCCUUGCAAAAGAAGAGAGACACUAAGGGGUUUCCUUUACCCCCUGGUCCCCCACCUCUCCCUUUUGUUGGAAACGUGAUCGGAAUUGACCCAGAUCAUCCUUGGUUAGCAUACUCAAGAUGGGGAACUGAAUAUGGGGAAAUCGUUUACUCUCGACUCUUCAGUCAGGAUAUCGUGAUCAUCAAUUCCGAAAGAGUUGCGCAUGACUUGCUCGACCGCCGUUCGCAUAAUUAUUCCACGAGACCCGCAGGGCUUGUGCACGUUCUUGGCCUUCUUGGUCAAGAUUUUUCCUCUAUCUUUCUGCCCUACUCGGACAGGUGGCGACUUCACAGGCGAAUCUUCCAUCAAGCAUUCCAUUUAGAUGCAGCGUCAUCCUUCCAUCCCAUUCAAAUGCGCAACGCUCACGGUUUGAUACUAAACUUACUAGCCUCUCCGGAGGCGUAUGGAACCCAUCUCCACACCUUCAGCACGUCUACCAUCAUGUCAAUCGUGUAUGAUUAUUCUACAGCGUCCCUUGACGAUCCUUUUAUUGCGCUUGUCGAGCGCUCAAUUGAAAUAAAUGUAAGAGAACUCAGGCCCGAGGUCGCAGCUGUUAUAACAGAGUUCCCGAUACUGGAAAAGCUUCCUCCUUGGUUCCCUGGAGCGAGCUUUGUAAGGGGUGCAAUACUCCAGAGAACCCUCGUUCCAAUGGUUGUGGACAUACCCUUUGAACAUGUGAAGAAGAACAUGGCCGCGGGGACGGCAGUACCGUCUAUGGUAUCAGAUGCAUUGAAUCGUAUACCACUUGAAGCAAAAGAUGAAGAGGUUGCUGCUCUUGAAAAAGCGAUUAAGGAAGCCAGUGCAGCUGGUUAUGUUGCCGCCUCAGAAACUACGAGGUCCACUUUAUACGUCUUUCUGCUAGCAAUGGUUCUAUAUCCUAAGGUGCAAGCACGUGCACAAGCCGAGAUUGAUUCAGUCAUUGGGGAAACGCUCGAAAGAUUGCCUGACUGGGCUGAUCGCGCUUGUAUGCCCUACAUCAAUGCCAUUAUUCAGGAGACACUGAGGUGGUUCCCUGUCGUCCCUCUGGGCAUCGCCCAUGCCGCAAUAAAUGAGGAUGUAUAUGAAGGCUACUAUAUUCCAAAAGGGGCUACUAUAUUGGCUAACGCAUGGUCUAUGGCGCGAAACCCCGAGAAAUAUCCUGACCCGACGAAGUUUAUACCCGAGCGUCACAUGUCAAAAGUCGUUGAAGAGCCCUCAAAACAUGGCCCUGAUAAUGCUUCCUUUGCUUUUGGAUUUGGAAGGCGUGUUUGCGUUGGACGACAUGUUGCGGAUGCUUCCUUAUUCGCUGCAGUUGUGAGUAUUCUAGCUGUUUUCCGGGUAGAACGUGCACCAGGAUGGAAUGUCGGGCCUGAUGCUGAAGGAGUGAAAUGGACGGGAGGCUUAACCACAUGCAGGCAUCCUGUAUUCCCAUGCAUAUUUACUCCUCGCCACGCGAAGGAGAGAGUUUCACAGUUGGUAAAAACGCAAUGCUAAGAGCUGUGCGGGUGAUUUUGGCCUUGAUUCUGGAAUGAAUUUAUGUACUAUCUUUGCUUACAAUGUCACCCAUGCUUUUUUAUAUAUCCUAUGUUUAUUGUCCUGUGGGGCGUGGCCCUAUGUUGGACAUUACAUACUGUUUGCUACUAUCGGGUGUGCGUGUACAGUGGUCCGGGCGGAUGCGA